AUGGAUCGCAGGGAAUGCCUCGCGCUGAUACGAUCGUGCACGAGCCUGCCCGCGGCGCAGGAGAUCCACACCCGUGCGCGCGCGCAUUUCCCGAUCCGCGAUGUUUUCGCGUGGAACAAGCUGAUCGAGAUGUAUGGGCGAUGCGGCAGCGCGUCCUCCGCUCGCGAGAUCUUCGAUUCGCUGCCUCUUAAGGACUCCUACUCCUGGGAUUUCAUGCUCGCGGCCUACUCGCGCAAUGCCCUCUUUGACGACGCCGCCCGGUUCUUCCCCACAAUGCCGCAAUGGAGCCUCGUCUCCUACACGACGGCGAUGAUCGCGAAUGCCCAGCUCCGGCAUUUCGCCGACGCGCAGCGCAUCUUCCACUCGAUGCCUGAGUGGGAUCUCGUCUCCUCCACCGCGAUGCUGGGCGAAUUGGCCCAGAUCGGCCUCCUCGACGAGGCCGUGGAGAUUUUCCGCGCGAUGUUGGAGCGAGACAUCCAGGCCUGGAGUGUCUUCCUCUUCGCAUUCGCGCACCAUGGCAACCUCAGCGACACCGCCAGGAUCUUCGCGGGGAUGCCCGAGAGGAAUCUCAUCUCGUGCACUGCGAUGCUGGUAGCGAUCGCGGAGGUGGGCAGUGCCCGCCUCGUGGAAGAGGCGAGGGAUCUAUUCUGGAGCCUCCCGGAGCGGGACAUAGCGUCCUCGACGGCGAUGAUUAGGGUUUAUGCCCAGAGCGGGCAUUUGGACGAAGCACGGCGCUUGUUCGAAUCUAUCCCACUACACACAAUCGCUCUAAACACCGCGAUGCUGGCGGCGUUUGCCCAGAGCGGCGACAUCGCUCGUGCAAGACUUGUUUUUGAUCAAAUGCCCGAGAGAAAUCUCAUAUCAUCCAACGCGCUCCUCUCGGGAAGCGCGAAGAAAGUGUUCGCUGCUAUGCCCGAGAAGAACAUCGUGGCGUGGAACGCGAUGAUCGCUGCAAAUGCCAAGUCUGGGAAUUUGGAAGAGGCUAGUUUCUUGUUUCGAAACGCUCCUGAGUGGAACACAGUUUCGUGGAAUACAAUCCUCACUGCGUUCGCCCAAAAUCGGUGUUUGAGAGAAGCCAUGGAAACUUUCGAGAGAAUUCCCGAGAAAAGCAGCAUUUCGUGGACUGCCAUGCUCUCCGCUUAUGCCCAGAACGGGCAUCUUGAUCGAGCGAGGCUGUUCUUCGAUCGAAUGCCGAGCCCGUGCAUCGGAUCCUGGAACGCAAUGCUCGCCAGCUACACAAACAGCGGCUGUUCCAGCGAUGCCUUCUCCCUCUUCGACUCCAUGAAGAUCCUCGAGACCCCGGACGAAACGAGCUGGAUCAUCGCGCUCCUCGCGUCGUGCUACGCGGGCGACGUCGGCAUUGGCCAGUCUCUCUUCGUGUCGAUGGUGGCAGAUUUCGGGAUCCCGGCCAAGAGGAUCCACUUCGGCUGCGUGAUCAAUCUCCUGGGCCGGGCCGGGCACGCCGACGCUGCCCGAGAUCUCAUCGCCAACAUGCCCUUCGAGCCGGAUCUUCUCCAGUGGCGCUGCUUUCUCGAGACGUGCAAGAAGCAGAAGAAUCCCCGGUACAGCGCCGGGGCGGCAAAGCGAAUCCUCGGAUUGAACGCCUCGGAUGGAUCGGUCUACGUUUCCCUGGCAUCGAUCAAGCACAGCGACGAGGGCUCCUUUUUAAAUUUUAUUUUCGCGGAUACUAUAUGGUCCACCUGCCCUGUCAAGGCAUUUGGUGGUCCUUUGGCUCGAUCCAACUCCAUCCACGUUGCUAGCACCCAAGAAUUUAUUAUCAACCAGAGUUCCCAUGGGCAAAGUGCUUGUUUGUUUGUGCUACCUUUAGUUUAUUUGGAGCGAGUUGAGAAGGAAGGCGCAAGGUCUCGAGAUUGUGGCUAUGGCGCACUCGCCGCGGCUGCGGCGCCUCUGGCAAUCGGAUGGCUCCUCCUGCUCCUCCCGCCGCUGCAUUGCGCAGGAAUUCGCGAUCCAGGGCCGGUCAAAGGGCUUGUGAUCGCGGUCAGCAGCGGAGAUCUGCGAAAUCCCAUGGUCUGGGGCCGGAGGAGCGCCAGGGAAUCGGUAAGCGUGCUAGGAUUUCGGGGAGCCCGGUCUUAG